AUGCAGAGUGGAUACUUUAACUGUUACAAGGACAGACCAUGGGGCUACCUGGAGAGCGAAGAGUACAUAGAGCACUAUGGAACCAGUCCAGUGUGGUCUAACUACAGGAGGAACCAGAAAGGAGGGAUUCCCUCUCAGAAGACACGCAAUACCUGCAUUGUAGGUGUAACAGCGGUGGUUCUGUAUAUCAUCCUGACCAACCUGCCCUCUAAAUACACCUCUGCUGUCUUCAACCAGGAUCUCAGCGAUCACAAGCUAUUCAAUGUUAUGUUUGGUAAGCAAUGGACCAUUGUCUUUCUGCAGAAUGUGAAGCUGCUGCAAAUUUUUAUACGCCCAUAUACAGGCGUUGUGUAUGACCCCACGCGGACAGUGUCCAUAUUUCCAGGGCUGCUACCCUUCCAGGUUCCUCAUGUGGACUUUUCAGGGGAGGACUAUUCCAACUCCCACUACGCAGUUGGCUCGGCCCCUCCUCCCCCCACCAUGACCCCUUGGUACAGGUGGUACCACACCAUACAGCCAGAGACUGAAGUGGCUCAAGUCAAGAAGAGCAACGAGGCCCAUUUGACAUAGGCCCUAGUCUAUCAGAGGAAUCAUGGUAAAAUUAUUUUUUGUGAUAUCAUUUGGGCUUUCUGGAAGUAGUAGAGCAAGUUUUAAAGAUGCACUAUGCAGAAAUCACUCCACCAUUUCCUGGUUGCUAAAAUUCUAAUAGUUUGUCUAAUUUCAGUUUGUGACAAAACAAGCAAGUAUAGUGUAAAGAAUCAUUAUACCAUCUAAACCGCAGUGUGAAAUAUUUUCCAUAACCAAAAAUAUUGUAUUUUCAGAUGGUGUACAAAAACAAGACGAUAAAAGUAAACUUAAGCAUAGAAAUAGCGCUCAGAACAUAUUACUGCUUCUUGGACUUGCUUUCAAUGAGUGACAGACCUACAACUCAUAUUUCUGUGAAUUUGUUCGGGUCGCACUAAAAGUUAUAGAAUAUUGUUUAUGGCAAUAUUGCUUUUGGGAGAGUUUUGCUAAAACAUGUCACAGAUCACUGAUUCAUGCCAGACACUUUUCACAGGCUACAACUAAAAAUCUAAUUGUAUUUGUCACAUACUUUGUAAACAACCAGUGUAGACUAAUAGUGAAAUGCUUACAUCUACUUUGUGCAUGACACAAGUCAUUUUUCCAAUAAUUGUUUACAGACAGAUUGUAUCACAAUUCCAGUGGGUCAGAAGUUUACAUACACUAAGUUGACUGUGCCUUUGAACAGCUUGGAAAAUUCCAACAAAUUAUGUCAUGGCUUUAGACGCUUCUGAUAGGCUAAUUUACGUCAUUUGAGUCAAUUGUAGAUGCAUUUCAAGGCCUACCUUCAAACUCAGUGCCUCUGCUUGACAUCAUGGGGAAAGACCUCUGAAAAAAAAUGUAGCCCCCCACAAGUCUGGCUCAUCCUUGGGAGCAAUUUCCAAACCACGUUCAUGUGUACAAACAAUAGUACCCAAGUAUCAUGGGACCACACAGCCAUCAUACCGCUCAGGAAGGACACGCGUUCUGUCUCCUAGAGAUGAAUGUACUUUGGUGCGAAAAGUACAAAUCAAUCCCAGAACAACAGCAAAGGACCUUGUGAAGAUGCUGGAGGAAACAGGCACAAAAGUAUCAAUAGCCACAGUAAAACGAGUCCUACAUCGACAUAACCUGAAAGGCCGCCCAGCAAGGAAGAAGCCACUGCUCAAAAACUGCCAUAAAAAUACCAGACUACAGUUUGCAACUGCACAUGGGGACAAAGAUCAUACUUUUUGGAGAAAUGUCCUCUGGUCUAAUGAAACAAAAAUAACUGUUUAGCCAUAAUGACCAUCAUGUUUGGAGGGAAAAGGGGGAGGCUUGCAAGACGAAGAACACCAUCCCAACCGUGAAGCACGGGGGUGGCAGCAUCAUGUUUGGGGGUGCUUUGCUGCAGGAGGGACUGGCGCAAUUUACAAAAUAGAUGGCAUCAUGAGGGAGAAAUGAUGUGGAAAUAUUGAAGCAACAUCUCAAGACGUCAGUCAGGGAAUGGGUCUUCCAAAUGGACAAUGACCCCAAGCAUACUUCCAAAGUUGUGGCUAAAUGGCUUAAGGACAACAUAGUCACGGUGUUGGAGUGGCCAUCACAAAGCCCUGACCUCAAUCCUAUAGAAAAUUUGUGGGCAGAACUGAAAAAGUGUGUGUGAGCAAGGAGGCCUACAAAUCUGACUCAGUUACACCAGCUCUGUCAGGAGGAAUGGGCCAAAAUUCACCCACCUUAUUGUGGGAAGCUUGUGGAAGGCUACCUGAAAUGUUUGACCCAAGUCAAACAAUUUAAAGGCAAUGCUACCAACUACUAAUUGAGUGAGUGUAUGUAAACUCUGACCCACUGGGAAUGUGAUGAAAGAAAUAAAAGCUGAAAUCACUAUUAUUGACAUUUCACAUUAAAAAAAGUGGUGAUCCUAACUGACUGAAGACAGGGAAUUUUUACUAGUAUUAAAUGUCAGGAAUUGUGAAAAUUAGUUUGUAUUUGGCUAAGGUGUAUGGAAACUUCCUACUUCUACUGUGUGUAGAGGUAAAGUGACUACAACAGGAUGACUGAUAAGUGAAUAAUCAGCUCAUGUACAUGAGAAAUCUGUCUAAUCUGUUCUACAUCUAUGCUCAAUGUUUAAUAUUUAGAGACAAGUUGUACAAUAGACAUUAAGAUGCAAAAUCCAUUUAUUUAAUUGCCUUUUUGUCUGUAGUAAAUACUUAAUCAUACAGGUGUCAACAUGUUUAUUCCCAGGUAAUAAGAGCUUGGUUUCUACAUGUGUGGAUCCACUGGUAAUGUAUUGCCAUUUCCUCUAUAAUAGAAAUACUUCAGCAUGUUGCUAUUUCUGUCCCAUUGUCACCUGGGUGAGACAUGCCCACUUGUCCAGUCAAAUUCUAAAUUCCAAAUCACACCCUAUCUUUUCAGAUAUACAGUUGUGUGGAGGGGUCAAGGUGGCAAAUUGGACUCAAGAAAAUGUAUGCAUCUCAUAGGCCGAUACUGCAGUACACCAGGGGUGUAUUCUCAAUACUCUUAACGUGGCUUCCUCGCCACACCUUUCUUCAAAUAAACUGAUUUGGGAGAGACUUAAGCCAUGAUGCUUAUUCAAAUAAGUGGUGAACGAUCAGGCGCGACAAGGAAACAAAGCCACUUUAGACUAUCGAGAUACACUCCAGCACUGAGUUAAUGACAUAGCCAGCUUCAGUGGUAAGUUAUUUUGCAUUACAUUUCCAUUUCCUCCUGGGGUCUGUUCAAAAUGGUACCCUAUUCCCUACAUAGUGCAGUACAUUUGACCAGGGCCCAUAGUGCUCUGGUGAGAAAUGGUGCAGUACAGGGAAUAGAGUGCCAAUAGAGCCCAGGUUCUGUAGUAGGUAGGUCACUCUUUGACCUUGUGGACCAGGGUCUCCCCCAGUGACUCCAGGACCUCCCGUUUGUAGUCCUCGAAGUCCCCGUCUAUCUGGUUGACAGACCGAUCCUCCACCACCCACAGCUGACAGGCUGUCUCAGUGAUCAGCCGGGCAUCGUGGCUCACGAUGAUCACAGCUAUGGAGGGACAACAGCAAGGAAUGAACAUGUUACAUAUGAGAAACACUGUCAGAAGAGUACCAAAAGGCACUAUCAGCAGCAUGCUAAUUAUAUGUUUGAUUCUAUUGCAUUGACAGGCACAAUUCAGGCCCAUACUUUACACAAACCGGUGUGCCAUAACCAAUCAGACCUCUGUAUCCCCAUAUGCAAAUAGACCAUCGCCAUAUGGAUCUUUGGUAGUACAUCCAACCGGUCUCACAACCGCAGACCAGGUGUAUGGUGACGUGUGGGUGAGCGGUUUGCUCAUGUCAAUGUUGUGAACGGAGUGCCCCAUGGGAGGGAUGGGGUUAUGGUAUGGGCAGGCAUAAGCUAUAGACAAUGAACACAAUUGCAUUUUAUCGAUGGCAAUUUGAAUGCACAGAGAUAACGUGACGAGAUCUUGAGGCCCGUCGUUGUGCCAUUCAUCCGCUGUCAUCACAUCAUGUUUCAGCAUGAUAAUACAUUUCCCCAUGUCUCAAGAAUCUGUAUACAAUUCCUGGAAGCUGAAAAUGUCCCAGUUCUUCCAUGCCCUGCAUACUCUUAUCCAUUGUUACCCAUUGAGCACGUUUGGGAUGCUCUGGAUCUACGUGUAAGACAACGUGUUCCAGUUCCCACCAAUGUCCAGCAACUUCGCACAGCCAUUGAAGAGUGGGACAACAUUCCACAAUCAACAGCCUGAUCAACUCUAUGAGAAGGAGAUGUGGUCUCAUGCAGCAGGACACAUCAGAUACGGACUAGUUUUCUUAUCACGCCCCUACUUUUUUUUAAAAGGUACCUGUGACCAACAGAUGCAUAUCUGUAUUCCCAGUCCUGUGAUAUCCAUAGAUUAGGGCCUAAUUAAUUCAUUUCAAUUGACUGAUUUCCUAAUAUGAACUAUAGCUCAGUAAAAUCUUUGAAAUUGUUGCAUGUUGCGUUUAGAUUUUUGUAAAGUUGUUUCUUGCAUCAAUUUGAUUCAGUCACCUUGUCUGAAGGACAAGUGGAUAAACAUUAACCUGUCAAUCCCUACAUGUUUUUUUUUUUCAAAAGUCUCAUGGAAUGUAGGCCUACAUUUAACACCACACAUUGGCUGCUACUGUAGAAUGAAUGAUAGAACAGCUAUUUCCAUGAUAAUAUAUUUUGGCCCUAUUUCCAUGUCAACGCACACCAGAAGUUAAACAGAAUUUUCACAACGUUCAAGUUUGUGCUCAGCAGACCUGAAAUUUGCUCAGUGCCCAGGAACAUUGGCCACAGCUACCCCAUAUCUGAGGCUACUUUCUGAUCCUACAUUUAAACAAAAGAAACCCUCAAUACCAAACAGCCUCUUGUAUUUGUGUACAUACCUCCUUUGUACUCAUUAAUCGCUUCUGAUAAGGCAUCGAUCGACUCAAUGUCCAGGUUGUUAGUAGGCUCAUCUAGGAUGAGAACGUCAGGUUGUCGACAGGCCAGCUCAGCGAAUACCACUCGGGCUUUCUGACCACCUGGAUGGAGAGGAACAUAAACAGAUUGACAAUGGAUGAUGGUGUGUGUGCUUGCACGUGUGUGCAUGCAUGUUUCUAUUCCUAACCUGAUAACUUGGAGAUCUGGAUGGUGUGUGCAUGACUCUCCAGUCCAAAGCGGCCCAGACACUUCCUGCUGUCCUGGUAGGGCAGGUUGAAGUUCCUCUGGAGGUACUCUGUAGCUGCCUCCUCCAUGUUCAGCUGGUCAGCAUAUUGCUGGUUAAAGAAACCCACCUUCAGCCGAUGGUUCUUUCUCAUCUCCCCCUUGAUCUGAAAGGCAAAUCAACACAUUUAGUCUGACACACAGUUAUACCCAUCAGUGAAAAAGCAGAUGCCGUAUUUGCAUUUGUAAGGAUACUUUUGUUGUCAUUUUUGUUUGGAGGCAAACUCACUGGAUUUAACCUGCCAGUGAGAAGUAGUAGUAGGGUACUCUUCCCGACUCCAUUGGGUCCAACUAUACAAACUGAACAUGGAUAAAGAGCUGUCAGGUAUAGUAUGGAGGCUAAUGACAUGGCCCAAAUUUUCAAACAGAAAUAAUUUCUCCAUACUUCUAGUCUCCAUGUCGAUACCAAAGUCCACAUUCUUGAAGAGAGGUUUGUGUCCCUCAAAGGCAAAGUCCACACCUGAGACAGACAGAGAGCGGAGGAUUAACAGGGAUAUACAAAGAGAGAGAGAGGAAGAGGACAAAGAGAGGGAGAACUCACUGUGCAGUCCGAGGAUGGGAGGAGAGAGAGAAGGGGGGUUGGGGAAGGUGAAUUUGACAGUGUACUCUUUGGGUCGUUUGAGCAGCUCUGUUGCUUCCAGACUCUCCUCUUCCACCCCUCCCUUCUUCUUUCCCUUCGCCUGCUUUCUGGUCAAGGCUUCCUUAGUCUGCUUCUCCUAGAGAGAUAGACAGAAAACAGUGGAUGAUGGGAGAAGUACAGAGAGCGAGACAGAUCCAGGUAGAACCAUGUCUGAACAGGUAGCUAAACUAAACUUACGGCCUGUUUGGUGGACUUCCCCCCAGCCUUGAGAUCCUUGAGCUUCUUCUCCUGUUUGUCAUACUGUUUCUGGAGCUCCUUCUGCUUCUGAACGUACAUCUUCUUAAACGUCACUGAGAGGGAGACAGAUUGAAAAAUACAUUUUAGUAAAUUAGCAGACACUCGUAUCCAGAUGUAGUGCAACAGUUCAUCUUAAGAUAGCUAUGUCUCACCUAGCUCAGUCAUAAAUAACCAAAUCUCAGUUGUAUCAACUGUCAGUGCAAGUGGAAAAAGACAAGUGCGAGUUUUAGAUGCCCCUAGCAUGCAAAAGACAACUGAUGCUACUCCUGGAGAGAUCAGAUACAUGUUCUACAUUAAUAGAACACGUACCUACACAAAAACAAAUGCAAUAUACAACAAUUUCAAAGAUUUUACUAAAUUACAGUUCAUUAGGCCCUAAUCAAUGGAUUUCACAGGACUUGGAAUACAGAUAUGCAUCUGUUGGUCAAAGAUACCUUAAAAAAAAAAGAUAGGGGUGUGGAUCAGAAAACCAGUCAGUAUCUGGUGUGACCACUAUUUUCCUCAUGCAGCGACACAUCUCCUUCGCAUUGAGUUGAUCAGGCUGUUGAUUGUUGUCCUACUCUUCUUCAAUGGCUGUGCGAAGUUGCUGGAUAUUGGCUGUAACUGUAACACAUGUCGAUCCAGAGCAUCCCAAGCAUGGUCAAAGGGUGACAUGUCUGGUAUGCAGGCCAUGGAAGAACGGGGACAAUUUCAGUUUCUAGGAAUUGUGUACAGAUUCUUGCAACAUGGGGCCGUGCGUUAUCAUGCUGAAACAUGAGGUGAUGGAGGUGGAUGAAUGGCAUGACAAUGGGCCUUCAGGAUCUCGUCACAGUAUUCUGCGCAUUCACAUUGCCAUCGAUACAAUGCAAUUGUGUUCGUAGCGAAUGCCUAUCCAUACUAUAUCCACGCCACCACCACAGGGUACUCUGUUCGUAACAUUGACAUCAGCAAACCUCUCGCCCAUACAACUCCAAACACACUGUUUUCCAUCUGCCCGGUACAGUUGAAACCGGGAUUCAUCUGUGAAGAGAACACUUCUCCAGCUUGCCAGUGGUCAUCUAAGGUGAGUAUUUGCCCACAGAAGUCAGUUAUGCCCCCGAACUGCAGUCAGGUCAAGAACCUGGUGAGGACAACGAGCACGCAGAUGAUCUUCCCUGAGACGGUUUGUGCAGAAAUUAUUUUGCUGUGCAAACCUACAGUUUUAUCAGCUGUCCAGGUGGCUGGUCUCAGUCGAACCCGCAGGUGAAGAUCCUGGGCUGGCGUGGUUACACAUGGUCUGCGGUUGUGAGGUCGGUUGGACAUACGGCCAAAUUCUCUAAAACGACGUUGGAGGCGGAUUAUGGUAGAGAAAUGAACAUUCAAUGCUGUGGCAACAGCUCUGGUGGAUAUUCCUGCAGUCAACAUGCCAAUUGCACUCUCCCUCAAAACUUGAGACAUCUGCGGCAUUGUGUUGUGUGACAAAACUGCACAUUUUAGAGUGACCUUUUAUUGUCCCCAGUACAAGGUGCACCUGUGUAAUGAUCAUGCUGUUUAAUCAGCUUCUUGAUAUGCCACACCUGUCAGGUGGAUGGAUCAUCUUGGCAAAGGAGAAAUGCUCACUAACAGGGAUCUAAACACAUUUGUACAGAACAUUUUUGAGAAAUAAGCUUUUUGUGCGUACGGAACACUUCUGGAAUCUUAUUUCAUCUCAUGAAACAUGGGACCAACAAUUUACAUGUUGAAUUGAUAUUUUUGUUCAGUGUAGUAUGUCAAUAACCAAAUACACACACUUUUGUUUUUUGUUGUGUUGAAGUAUUUCCAGGCUAACAGUUUGUGGGGAAGGAGAAAGAAUGUACAUAGCAAAUACUCACAGUAGUUCCCUCUGUAGUAGUAAAGUUUCUGGUUGUCCAGGUGAACGAUGUCAGUACACACAUCAUCCAGGAAACUCUGGUCGUGAGACACGAUGAGGAGAGUCUUCUUCCAGCCCUGAAGGUAGCUAGGUGGAGAGAUUGAUAUAUUAGCCACUGUAGUGUAUCAUUCACAGAUGCAGGGCUGAAAGGAGACCCAUUGAGUAAGCAGCUGUAUAAAUAAAUUAUAUUUAAGUAAAA